UUUAUCAACCACUUUCUUUUGCCAAACCAUUCGUGUCGUUUGGAACGUUUUUUAAUUUGUUCGGUUCACGGGUGGUAAAAACAUUGGUUGGCCAGAGUACAUCCAUCCAUGUUCGUUCCAUGGCUUUUUGUGUUUAAAGAAUUCACAGCUGGAUUUUCAAAAAACAACAAAUCAUUCACCCCAACUAAUUGAAUUAGGCUGCUGACACCAUCAUAUUUUUAUUCCCCCGCAAUAGAGUGCAGCCGCUGAUAAUGGUUUGUUGAAGUCUGAAGAAAAAUCGAAAAGGAGAAAGCGGAAUGUAAUCCAUAAAUGGCCUAAAUUAUUACUUACAGCUGCAAAAUCUUUUUGUUUUAAUUUAUUUUGCUUAUCAAAAUGCCUAUUCGUUAUGUGUACAGAUGGAUUACAAGGACUUUUCUGCUUCUUACUCUUUUGUUGUGUUGCUACAAUGAAAUACUUGUGUAUCAUUUUAAUCGAUCCUCUUGGCAGGAAAUCAAUUGUCGUUUCGAAAAUUGCACGAGAAUGCUGUUGAUUGCUGACCCCCAACUCUUAGGUUUAACAUAUGAAAAGACAAUACUUAGCGGCCUGGCACGUUAUGACUCGGACAGGUAUUUAAAAAGUACCUUCCAGCAAGCCCUCAAAUUUACCCAGCCUCACAUUAUCUGCUUCCUUGGGGAUUUACUGGACGAGGGAAAUGUGGCCUCUCCCCAAGAAUUUCAAAGCUACAUUCAACGUUUUCGCAAUAUUUACCAAACCGAAAAAGAAAUAAAAUUUCAAAUGAUUUCUGCAUUUCACCAGGUUGUCCAUGUACCCGGCGACAAUGAUAUUGGCGGGGAAAAUGGUGAAUUUAUAUCGAAUUUAAAUAUACAUCGUUUCGAAGAGGCUUUUACCCAACGUGAUAUAUUCGAUUAUGAAUCGAAUUUACGCUUUUUCAAAAUCAAUCGUAUGAUGUUAGAUUUUACAAAUCCCGAUAAGACACACAAUCAUCAAAAACUACGUAUCGGCUUGUCACAUGCCCCCAUACUCAUUGGAGGUGGACCCUUAUUACGCUCGGUUAUUAAUGAGCUGGAUCCACACAUAAUAUUCUCUGGGCAUUGGCAUGAAUCUCGAAUAUUUCUAUAUCCCUCAACAAAGGUGAUUAAUUUUUAUGACAAGGCGGUGAAAAGUUUCAAUUUGAAAGACUUGAAGGAAAAACAACAUAACUACUUGGAAAUAAUGGUGCCUACAUCUUCCUAUAGAAUGGGAAAAGUUAAUAUUGGAAUAGGUUAUGCAGUUUUGGAUAAUUAUGAUCUCCGUUAUACUGUCCUUUGGUUGCCAAAUCGCUUCGUGUACUUAUUUAUUUAUGUAUUUUGGCUAUUAUUUGCAAUAUGUAUGUCUCUUGUCUUUCGCAUGAUGACCCGUUGCCCGUUUCGUAAGAUCUCGAAGUUCAAUCAAUCUCAGUACCAACGCAUUUCAGAUGCAAUACCUGAUUAAAGCUCCCAAUAUAAUGACAACAAUUCAAUUCUAUUAUUUGAAAAAAAAAACUACAUACAUACAUAUAUAUUUAUUACUAACUUAUUUAUUUUAAUGAUUAACAAAAAUAAAGUCUAGUCUGGAUAUGUUAUUUUAUAUUA